AUGGCUUUUUCCCAACUGCUCCUCUCCAUGCAAAAAGUUAUACAAGAAGAUCAAAACGGUCAGAGCUACCACGAGGUCAUGAGACAGCGAAAGGAGGCAGGAGGUCUCCCUAGACAUAUUGCGAUCAUCAUGGAUGGGAAUCGAAGAUACGCAAAAGCCUUGGGGAAGCCGAGCAGUUUUGGCCACCUGAAAGGGAAGGAGCGUCUGGAGCAAGUCAUCCGUUGGGUGCUGGGUGAACUUGGUAUCCAGUACUUGACAGUAUUUGCGCUGUCAAUGGAAAACUUGCAGGGGCGAGCUCAAUGGGAGGUUGAAGAGCUGCUCAACCUGAUGGCAUUGGGGUUGGAGCAGAUAUCAAGAGACAGGGAGAUCGCGGACAAGAAGAUCAAGGUGCGGGUUGUGGGCGCGUUGGAGAGUUUGCCCUCUCGCCUGCGACGGGCAGCGGAGGAAGCAGAGAGAUUUACGGAGAGAGGAGGAGAAGGGGGCACGUUAACUAUCUGCAUCGGAUAUGGCGGGAGGCAGGAAUUGCUACAAGCAGUCAAAAAACUGGCGAAAGAUUAUGCUGAUGGCUCGAUCGCUCUUGAAUCGAUCGACGAGUCGAGUAUGAAGCAACAUCUUUAUACGCCAGACAUUCCAGAUCCGGACCUCAUGAUACGCACGAGCGGCGAGCAGCGCAUCUCAAACUUCAUGCUGUGGCAGGCCGCCUACUCAGAGCUUUACUUCUCGCCUCUACCAUGGCCGGAGUUCGAUGAAUGGGCCCUCAUCGGCGCACUGGACGAUUAUCUCUCGAGGACUCGGCGAUUUGGUCAUUGA